AUGGGGCGGCCGAGGAAGAAGAGGCGGAGGAGCGUCGAUGAAGAAGGAGGUGUGCCGACAAACGGCGAUGCGGUACCACCGAUGGCCAACAACGGUGUUGGUAGACACGGUGUUGUAGGGAAUGGCGGGAGGAUGCAUGGCCAUGGUGGGGGGAUGAUGAUGGAUAUGGGACAUAUGCAUGCAACUGCUGCUAGGUCGAUGGGUGUUGGUGCCGGUGGUGGAAUGGACGUGGGUGUGGGGAUGGAGGGGAUGGGUUUCGAUGGUUUUGAAGGGUUGGGGUGUGAUGGUGGGAUGGAGAACGGUUGUGGUGAAGAAGGAGAGCGGGGAGAAAGAGCCUGUGGUGCCCAUGCUGCUGCUACGAUGAACGGUGAGGAUGCGUUUGAGCUGAAUUCAGAUUUCAGUCUUGAUUCGCUGCUGACUGGAGACUUGAUGGACGUCAUGGGCGGCAGCGGAAGUGGUGGUAGCAGUAGCGGCGGUGGUUUUGAUGGGCUACAGCAGGGGGGAGACAGGAUCGCAAGUAUCUCGUCGCAUUCGUCGUCGGGAAAUGGGCACAAUCUACAGAGCACACCGCCCGCCGCCCAUCAUCACGAUCCCUCAACACAACACCAACCCUUCCUCGCCCCACAGCCUCCUCUCGGUCUCCCCUGCGUCUGCCUCUCGACCAUCUACCUCAGCCUCUCCUCCCUGCACUCACUGUCCAGCCACGAGUUCCCCUUCAGCCUGCCACCGCUGCGCUCCGCGCUCGCGACGGCGAACACGGUGCUGCACUGCCAGAUGUGCCCGCACGCCAUGGCGACGGCGACGCUGAACAUCAACAUGCUCAUCUCGCUGCUCAUGACCGUCAUCGACGCCGUGCACAAGUUGCUCGUGGCCAUCGACGCCGAGGCCGCGCGCGUCGACGCCGCGGGCGCCACCAAGCCGUUCAUGGUCGCCGACGCGUCCGCGCCGUUGCACAUGCAUACAGGCGGUCCGAACUGCCCUGUUAAGUUUGGCAUGGAUCUGUCUGGUGCUGAGUGGCGCGAGCUGGCGCGCAAGGUCGUGAAGAGGCAGGUCGUUGGAAGCAGCGAGGCUGAGGCUGAAAGGAAGGACGAAGGAUCGGCGGCACCGGCGGAGUGCACUAUUUAUGGAAUGUUGGCGGCGUUUGUGCGGAGGCAGAACAGAUGGCAUGAUGACCCGGCGAUGAUCGAGGUGCGGAAGAAGGCGAUAGCGGACGGGGGUGCGUCGAUCGAAAAGAUGGAGGAGCUGAGCCACAUGAAGUUGUGCGUGCAGAACGUGGAGGCCGUGGUAAUGAGAAUGAGAAUGCUGGAUAUAUAA